CUUUCUAAUUAAUCAACUAUUUGUUGAAACUAAUUUAAGCAUAUGGCAUCAUCAGCCUCUUCUAAUUCCUUGUUUAAGGUUUCAACUUUUAUUCUAUGUUUAUGGGUUCUAUUUGGGACUAGUUCGGGUCAACUAACCGCAAAUUUCUACGCUAGAACAUGCCCAAAUUUCCGUUCUGUCAUAACAAGAGCCGUAAAUUCAGCGGUGUCAAGUGAAGCUCGUAUGGGAGCUUCAUUGCUUCGCCUCCAUUUCCAUGAUUGCUUUGUUCAAGGAUGUGAUGCAUCUGUGUUACUAGACGACACUGCGAAUUUUACGGGAGAAAAAACAGCGGGUCCAAAUGCGGGUUCAAUAAGAGGAUUCAAUGUCAUUGAUACUAUUAAAACUCAACUGGAGAGCCAAUGCCCUGGUGUUGUUUCUUGUGCAGAUAUAUUAUCUGCCGCUGCUCGUGAUUCUGUUGUUGCUCUUGGCGGGCCGAGUUGGAACGUGCUGUUUGGUAGAAGGGACUCGACAACAGCAAGCUUAAGUGGCGCGAAUUCUAACCUUCCAUCACCGGCUUCAAGUCUAAGUAGCCUAAUUUCAUCCUUUUCAAACCAAGGUUUUACUACCAAUGAAAUGGUGGCUUUAUCAGGUGCUCAUUCGAUUGGUCAAGCAAGGUGCACAGUGUUCCGUAAUCGUCUCUACAAUGAAAACAACAUCAAUGCAUCAUUUGCAACAUCAUUGAGACCAAAUUGUCCUUCAAGUGGUGGUGACAAUAACCUCUCACCACUAGAUUCUUCAGCUACAUCUUUUGACAACAGAUACUAUACUGAUUUAAUUAGCCAAAGAGGCUUAUUGCAUUCGGACCAAGAGUUGUUUAAUGGGGGUUCAACCGACGCGCAAGUGAGGACUUACAGUUCAAAUGCUGCAACAUUCUCUAGGGACUUUGCUAGUGCAAUGGUGAAGAUGAGCAACCUUAACCCUUUAACAGGGUCCAGUGGUCAAGUUAGGACAAACUGCCACCGAACCAAUUGAUAACGUACUUCCAUUUCGGAUCAAGAAGCUAGGUGUCAAUUGUCUGUUCAAGAGAGUGAAAUAUGUGAAUAUAAAUUUCACAAAUAAUGUGUAUCAUAGUUUCUUUCUGUUUUUUCAAGUGUUUUGCUUAAGUUUUUAAAACACUUGAAAUUCUAAGUUUGAAAGAUUAAUUGUUGUGCUGUCAUAAUGAGAAUAUUCAAAUAUAUCUCGUUUCCUUAAAAUUAA